AUGACCUUUGUCUGGACGACCGUUCUAGCGCAAGAAACCAUACCCGUAACCAGAGAGGGCGCCUGGCUUCCUGGAGUCGGAUUUGAUUACUCGAUAGAGAAAACUGCUACUGCAACCUUUACUAUUCCCCGUAAUCCGAAAUGGGACUACGUCGUAAUAACCGGUUCUGGUUAUGCGAGGAUAGGAGUUCCCCCUUAUCCAGGAAGAGAAUACCAGAUCUAUUUCAACGGGAUUGCGUCUGAAACGGGCUCACAAGGCACAACCACGAUAUACACCAGCCAGUUUGACGCAAGAACAAUCGUCACCAUGGGAGUCUUACCAGGCUCGGACUCCAAUGGGCUUAUACUUUACAAGGUUGAAGGUUUCGCUGGUACAACCAAUGUUCCCGAUGCUACCUCUACUUCUGCCCUCACAUCAACCUCUUCGACAUCAUCAAGUACGAGCCGCAGCUCAUCAACGAGUUCGACCAGUUCAACUUCGACAACUACUUCCACGACCAGCUCGGUUGCUGCAGUAGUAGUGACCACGUCGUCAGGAUCACCAAUUACCGUCAAUGAUCCCCUCGUAUCCUUUCCUUCUCAAGCCGCCACUCCGACGGGUGGGUCGAGCAUCGCCGCGGCCAGUGACACCAAUUCGUCCGACUCGAAGCGGACAAGCACGAUUGUCGGCGUAGUUUUGGGACUCCUCGCACUCGCCGUGCUUUGCGUGUUCCUCGUCAUGUGGUACAGACGCAAACUACGAAAGGACCGUAUCCCACCAUCCAUGGCAUACAUGAACUACCGCUCCACCACGACCGAGCCACCCGUCUAUGGCUUUGCACCUUCGCGUGCUGGCGGUGGUGGAAUCAGGGAUCUCAAGGGUGCACCCGCGGAUAGGGACACGUUGUAUUCGACCAAUGCUGCAGGGCUCGGAGCGCAUGGUGCACAUGGAACUGGUAAUUGGGAUGAUGAAAAGUAUGGAUACGGAGCGAUACCCGCCACUCGAGGCUAUCACGACGGUGCAAUGGCAUCGUUGCCCUGGCCUGCACCUCCGUCGACGACCGGGCCCAACGGUAUGAUGCCCGGACAAUUCAACAAGCCCCUCCCGGCCGUUGCACCGUCGGCGCUGAUGCAACAACCAAACUCGAAUCCAUUCUCUGCUAGUAGCGACCCGAUCAUGGCUACUACCGCUGCACCGAUGCGAAGUGAAGAUUCGGGGAUAGGAGGACCCAUUGCGCGUACGCUUACUCCUGAGCCGGAUAGGAGUUCACGGGCGUCGUCGGCGUUUGGAGAUAUGAAUCCCUAUGGAGGGAUUGCACUCGGUGUCAUGCCCACGGCUACUCCCGUGCCGACGAUGCCUGCUACUACCCCCGCUGCUCCAGUUGCUCCUCCCCCUCCCUCUGCCCCUCCGAUGGCUCAAUCGAUUCCGGCUCAAAAUAUGCCUCAGGGAAUACCGUUCCAGCCUCAGCAGGCGAUGGGUAACCCAUUCUUGGGACCGUCUGAGGAAAACUUUGCUGGGCGAGGGGCAGGACAUUGGAAUCAGACGAACAAUGCGUAG